AUGUUUUCUAUAUUUCCAACAUUUUUUAUUUUAGGUGAAAAACCAACCCCUGGUAUUCAGAACCUUUCAAAUAGUAUGCAUUUAUUAUAUAUUCAUGUUUAUUUUGUUGCAGAAACACAAAAAGAAUCAACACCAGUUGCCUACCAAAAUAAAAAGAGACAAAAAUUGGAAUUUAGUGCAAUUGAAGUAGAACAAGAGCAGGAAUCAGAAAGAUCAGAAGCAUCUGAAACAAUUUUUGGCAGCACUGUUAACUCAGAUAUCAACAGUAUGAGGCAUAUCAGCAUGAACAAACAACUAGGGCAAAUUUCUGGGAACCCCUUUGUAGAAGAAAGCUACAAUUCUGAGUCAGACAUUGAUUCUGAUGUCUCAGAUUCAAGUAGCGCAUAUAUAAGCACUGAUGAUGAUGAUGAUGAUGAUGUUUAUGAUUCUUUGUCAAGUUCGGAUGAUGAUGGCUUGACACAAGAUCAAAUUGAUGAAAUAUCAAUGCAUAUGACUGAAAAUGCCAAAGAAGAUUCCAGAGCCAACCUUGUUUCUUUAGUGACAGAUCUAGAUUUGACUAGAACAUACUUUGUUGAAAAUGAGCAAUGUGAAAAGUCGAUGGAACUGGAGACCACUAUAGAUAGACAACCUGGUGCAAUAUAUGCAUCAUCAGAGGUGAAUUCAAAAGAAAUGAAAGCAAAAGUACACAAAACAAUGGAAGAUCUGUAUCAAAAAAAUAUUGAAGAUGCAGAAUAUAAGCUUGCAAACCAAAAUAGAGUUUUAGUGUCACUUAAGAAGCUACAAGAGUUGAAAGGGAAGUUUUGCAUGCAAAAACUGAACAAUGGUCAACUAUGCAAUGAAGUUUUGAAUUUUGAAAGUGAUGUGAAAGGCUGUACAGUAAAACUUCGCUGGUCAUGCAAAAAUGAGCACUUUGGAAUGUGGGUUUCCUCUGAGAUAGUUUCAAAAUCUCACUAUGCAGACAUUUACUUGAAUGAUCUGUUGGUCACUGCCUGCGUAUUAUUGUCUGGAAACAAUUACUCAAAAUUUGCAAGGUUUUGUAAGUUUCUUGGGCUUGCAAUCCCAGAUCAAUCUGUCUUUUACAGAAAUCAGAGAUUGUUUUUCACACCUGUAAUUCUACAAAUGUGGGACUCAAUGAAAUCAAGCAUCAUUACUGUGAUAAAAACAUAUAAUGAUCACAUUCUUGGAGGAGAUGGAAGGAAUGAUUCACCUGGCUUCUGUGCACGAUUUUGUGUAUAUGUCACCAUGGAGUUGAUAACCAAUGCAGUUCUCCAUUUAGAAGUUUUGGACAAGAGAGAGACUGGUGGCAUAUCAACAAAUAUGGAAAGAGAAGGUCUCACCCGUACAUUGCUGCUUCUUAUGAAAUGCUUGGAUAUUUCAGAGAUUACCACUGAUGCCUCAACUUCAAUAAUGAAGAGUAUUCAAGAGCUUAAAAAUUCACACCCUGAACUGUCAAAGUUAAAUCACUGCCUUGAUAUUUGGCAUGCUGCCAAAAAUAUUUCUAAGAAAUUGCACAAAACAGCACAAGACAAAGCUGCAAGAUCACUCAAACCAUGGAUUGCUGCAAUAGUCAACCACUUUUGGUUUGCUUGUCAGGUUUCAAAUGGUGAUGCUGAAAAGCUGAAAGAUAUUUGGAUUGGUGUUUUGCAUCAUGUAUGCAAUGAACACAUAUGGGCGGAAUCUGAAUGUCUGCAUGGCCCUCUCUCGUCAACUGAGCCAAAGGUGUACCUGUUAAAGAAUUCUGUUGCUUUGGAAAAGCUCAGAUCAGUGGUACUUGACAGAAAGCUUUUGUCAAACCUAUCAUACUAUUCAAAAUUCAGGCAUACAGGCAUGAUAGAAAAUUUUAACAGUAUGCUGUUGAAGUAUGCAUCUAAAAGAAAUGCAUAUGACUAUCCAUAUUUCAAGACACGGAUGGCUUUGGCUGCUAUUGACCAUAAUAUACAUUUAAAUCGACCUUUAGCUAUUACAAAAGAUGGUAAACAGUGUUUUAAAAGAAAAUAUAAUAAAAAUUCCAGGAAAUUUACUGCUGAACCUGUUAAGGAACAGAAAAGCUACAGCUAUAUUCCAUACUGUCUUGCAAAAAUUGUUGUUGAAAGAAAAGAAAAGAAAGACACAGCAAUGGAAAGGCUUGUCAGAGUUCCAAAUGACCCUAAACUGAUAUCCCCAACUUUAGACUUAGUAACCAAGCCACCACCUACAAGCCAAUUAGUUGCAGAAAAAUUAAAAAGGAUUAAAAAGAAAAAAUGA